AGAGGAGAGGAGAGGAAAGGAGGGCAGCGGCGAGGAGCGCGGCUACCGCUGUCCCGUGAGAGCCGCGCACCGCCCAGCCCGGGCUUCCCGCGCCCGCCCGUCCCCGCUCUCCUCCGCGCUGUGCCGGCGCCAGGCUCUCUAGCUGUAAGAGACCUUCAGCUCCACCUGUUCAUCUUAGCCAUCUGUUUAAUUCAAGAGUCAACAUUAGAACUGCCUGGAGAAAGGAAUAUGUCUUAGAUGCACAUUAAACUUCAAUUCUUGGGUACCUUACAUAGUAAAGAUGCUUGAGGCCUCUCUGAUCUUCUGACAUCUGUGACUAGCUGUCACUGAAGAACUAUGCAUGACAGAACCUGAAGGUUAUACAGGAUUACAGAACACAGCUCCUGAGCUCGUACCUCACAGCGUAUGUAUUUCCUCUGCCUAUGGAUGCUGCUGCUACCAAGCACACAUCUUCUUUCAUAAUACCAGGCACUUUUCUGGAAAUAAAAUUCACAAAGCAAUCCAUGUUUUCAUCCAGGAGUGUAAACCAAGACUGAAUUUCCAAGGCCUGGACAUCUCUGAUUUUCAUUCUGUGUUCUUGUGCAAAAGAUGUCAAAAAACUCAACAGACAACUCAACUAACCCUCACUCAGCUCCUCUAGGUCUGCUCCUGGGAAGCAUUUCACUGACCACUAUUGUCAUGAAUAUAUUAGUACUAUGUGCUGUGAAAACUGAAAAGAAGCUGCAAACAGUUGGCAAUUUAUACAUUGUCAGCCUCUCUAUUGCAGAUCUUAUAGUUGGUGCAGCUGUUAUGCCUCUGAAUAUUGUUUAUGUCCUAAAUCGUAUGUGGACUCUAGGCUUACCAGCCUGUUUGUUCUGGUUGUCAAUGGAUUAUGUGGCCAGUACUGCAUCCAUUUUCAGUCUCUUCAUAUUGUGCAUUGACCGUUAUCGUUCAGUUCAGCAACCACUGCAAUAUCUCAAGUAUAGAACAAAAAUGAGAGCAUCGCUCAUGAUUCUGGGGGUUUGGUUGCUCUCUUUCAUGUGGGUCAUUCCAAUCCUAGGUUGGCAUGUUUUUGCUAAUAAUGGGGAAAGGAAAGUAGAAAAAGACCAAUGUGAAACUGAAUUCUCUGAAGUCACCUGGUUUAAAGUGUUGACAGCCAUUGUCAAUUUCUACAUACCCUCUAUAAUGAUGUUAUGGUUCUACUAUAAAAUAUUCAGAGCUGUUCGAAAACACUGUCAGCACCGAGAGCUCAUCAAUGGAUCACGUAAGUCUUUCUCAGAAAAAAACCCCACACAUCAUAGUAAGAGGAAGGACAAGCAAAAUAUUUGCCUCCAAAAGCAAAUCUUAUAUGAGAACAGCUCUACCAAAGACAAGCAAAGCUCCCCCCAGCCCAAAGAUAUGGAGGCAGAACUUCAUUUCAGUGAUCCUGUCAAGUCUUCAGAGGCAUUUGUUGCCAAGAAUAACAGGGAAGUCGUUAAAUGGAGCUGUUUUCCUCUCACCGCUGCCCAGCCUGAUCCAGAUAAAGCUGAAAAGAAGCACGUGUGUGUAACAGAAGAAAACGAAAAUGAAGAGGAGCCUUGCUCACAAGACAGUGACUUAAGUGAUGCAUCAGACAACCAGACUUUCACAGAGGUAUCCUGUACACAGCACUCCAGUCCUAACCGUGAAAGAGCCUGCAGUCCUCAGGAAAAGACUGAGGACAGGGAUGUCAGAGGACUGACUUACCUGAGGAAAACCUGGCAAAGUCUGCAUGCCCAUUCCAAAAGGCACAUUCAAGGACUGCAUGGGAACAGGGAGAGGAAAGCAGCCAAGCAGUUAGGGGUCAUAAUGGCAGCCUUUAUGCUGUGCUGGAUUCCCUAUUUUGUAUUAUUUAUGGUAAUAGCUUUCCAGGGCCAUAACAAAUUUUUGGGAUUACACAAGUUCACUAUAUGGCUGGGCUAUGUGAACUCCACCUUAAAUCCAUUCCUGUAUCCUCUUUGUAAUCAAAAUUUCAAGAAGACAUUCAAAAAGAUCCUUCACAUUCAUUAACAUCGGUCUGAUUUUUUUGAGCUAAAAAGCAGCUCAAGAGGUCAACCAAACAAAAUGUUCCGGUUUCAAAGACAAACACCAUGGGUAAAGUAGAUGACUUUGGAAAACUGUAAUUUAUAAACAAGUGUUAGUAAAAGUGGGAAAUGUGCACUUAACAUCUUUAACACAUUUGAAGAAGAACUAAGACAGAUCAGGUAUCUGAAAAACUCAGGGGCAAUCUCAGAACUGUUACACUGUUGUACUCAUUUUACAAUUUGAGAUUACCUAUUUCUUCAUGUAGAACAAAAACUGGAGAUACAAAUAGAGACCUUCAGUGAUUAUAAAUUAUUCAGCUACAGAAAAGGAAGAAAUAGAAUAAUAUUUCUGUGACUGGCCAAAUAUAUUUUUCUCUUUCAACUUACUCCAUUAAACACGGGAACACACUGCUUGUGAAGUGAGAUCUGCAAGUGGAGGUACUUUGCGUAGUCAAAGAAAGAAGCUUCAACUGUUUAAAAAAGUCUACCGUUUAUUUAUAGCUUCCCUCAAAUCGUAAACUUUUUUGAAAUGUCAAGUCCUGUUGUAACCUACUGUAUCUCUUUGAUAUCAUGCUUGCUUCAUUUAUACUUGUAUAUGUUAACUUCACUGAAAAAAAAAAUAGUGUUUUUAUGUCCUAGAAAUUUUGCUAAGACUUUCCAUACUCAACAUACUAUCAGUAUCUAUUCAAGAGGGGUAUGCUGUUGUUUCUAGACUUACAGAAUGUAGUUGAUUAUAGACUACACAUAUUUUCAUCUUCCUACAAAUAACCUAAGCAUGUAGUGGCAAUACUAAUCCAUAUAUCCUUAUCUUGUAGGCAAACUCUUCCUACUAUAAUGAGGCAAAUGCAUGAGCAACAACUCAAGUUUGCAAAACAGAAAAUAAAAUACAUGAAGUAUGUUUACCUUUUUUAUCCUUGAUAUUUAAUUGCAUUUUAUAAAUCAUGCUGUAAAUGCUGUAAAAUAUUUCAGGAGAAACACACAAUAAUAGAAUACUCUAGGUUGGAAGGGAUCUCAGGAAGACAUCUCAGUGCAACCUACAACUUAAAGCUGGGCUGGCUUCGAUACUACAUCAUGUUGCUCAGGGCCUCGUGAGCAAGCAUCUGUAAAAACAGCUUCAUCUGGAAAAGCUGGGAGGCAGCCUUCAAAGAGGAGUUUGCAGCUAACAGUCACUCUGCCAACUUUGAGCAUUCAUUUGCUCAGCCAUUGAUUUAACUGUUUCUAAGCACUAACUAAUUCUCAAAACCAGAUACACACUGUUAUACAACAGGAAUCAAACCCCUCUUACUAAGUGCGAUCAGGUAUAGAUGUCUUCCCAAAGGAAGAAAAUAUAGUUCCAUAGUGGCAUAUGUUGCAUGAGCUAACUUACCAGGAAGCUGACAACUUCACAGAACAAAUACACCAAAAUAAAACAAAGAGUAUACAGAUUGGGGAGCAGAAAGGCAAAUUGAGGCAGAGGAGAUCUCAGACCCUAUAUUAGCUGAAUAUCUCAAGACCGCGCACCUCCUUGUUUGUGGCACACUGGUAAAGCAUUCAUUCCUAUUCUUCUGCUAUGGAACUCAGUGAAUGUUUUGAGCAGACACUGUGGAGUAUGUUAGUUUUAAGAAGAAAUCCCAGAACCAGAUAACUUCAACAGCUAAAGUCACAUUUGCGUGUAAUGGUGAGUUUAUGUAAGUCUUUUCCAUACAUUUUGGGAAGGAUGAUUAGAGAGGCAUCCUGAAGGUUCAACGUAAGAAGAAUGUCCUCCCAUUCAUUGUGUUGUGCUGAUGAAUUUACCACUUCCUGAAUGCUUUCUUGCUUCUGAAAUUGCUCAGUUAGCUUAACAACAAAGUUCUGAUGGGACUGGAACUCCUUCAAUUGAGUACUGUAAAGAAUUUGGUGGGAUGAGUUGAAGGGAUGUUCUGUGUAAUACUUUCAUUAUAUCAGAAGCAAAAAAUGGUAGUUUAAUGGUUGGAGGAGAAAUUCUGAAUUCCGUGUUCUUAAUUAAUGAUCUUGAGAUCUUAGAGUCUCUCUGUGCCAUGUGUGCCUAUUUUGUAAAGUGAAUAUGACAAGACUUACAGUAACAAUGCAACACUUAGGAUAACGUUUGCAUGAUGCUUACAAAUUUUGGAUAUAAUACACUAACUAAAUGCAAACUAUUAUUAUCCUCUGUCAGUUUUAUUUCUCUGAAUUAAACACCUGAAUGUCAAUAGUUGUACUUAAAGUAUUCAAUAUUAAAUGAAGCCCUAAUAUCUCUGCAUUUGAAUAAAUUGGAAAAAUAUGUUAAAGGAAUAAACUUAAAUUCAGUCUAUUUCAGUGUAUCGUACAAGGUUCAGAGAUUAGUUGACUUUCGUCUCAAGUAACAUGCAGGAAAAACUGCAAUUAGGGAACUCAAAUCUAGGAGAAAAAAAGGCAAAAUACAGAGACAGAAUAUAGAAGCAGCAAAAUUCAUUCUAGAAGUCAGGCAGCUUUUUCACUGCAGGAGCACUAUCUGCACAAGUAGUAAAAUACGCCUUCUUUUGGACUACAAAGGAGCAUCUUUUGAAACAUAUGCUCCAAUACAGUGGCCUGUCACAAACAAUUGCUCAGAUUCACAGCCAUUAUGAUCUUUUUUUCUAUUAUGAUAUGCAACAGCGAUUCCAGCCAAAACGGUUGGUAAUUUAGGUGAUCCCUGAGGAAAUAAAAAAGUAGCACACUAAGUCAGCUACAGUUAUUAGUGUACGCUGCUGAAACAUGCUCACUCAAGGCUACUUAGAGUUAUCAAGAAGUCUAUCCUCUUGAUCAUGACAAUUGCCUUUUCUGACUUUAAAAUAUAUUAAUACAUGAAACAGCAACCUAAACAAAAUAACUGAAAAAUUGGUCUAAAAAUUAUGAUUAUUAUAACAAGUACCUCUGGUACAAUUAAAGAAUAUUCAAACACUGAACAGCUAAACCUAGGUGGAAAAAACUCCCUGAAUAUUUUUUCUCUCCCUUCAUUUUUGUCCAUAAUCUUAGUGUAACUGUGUUAAUAAUAAAGACAGGAGAAGUUGUCAUAGUAGGCUUCUCUGAUGUGAUAGCUAUAGUAGAUAAUAAUAAAAUAGGAAAACGAGAUACUGCCUAUUUUAAACUUCCAAUUAGCAAGGUACUUAACAGGAAUUAACAGUUUAUUUUACUGAAUAGGCAAUUCAAAUGGCUCUGGAUGUAAGAGAAGCAGAGGAAAGCAAGUUAGGGUAAGGAAUGGAGAAGCCUACUACCACGCGGGGCCAAGCCUCAAGAGAAUAUUCCAGGUGUGGUUUCCUGUAAAAUAUUUUCAAGGUUUUCCAGUUAAUAAACAAGGUCAGAGCAUGGACAGCUUUAAGAGAACAUAAUAAAUUUCUUGGAAUGGCUUGGACUGAAGUUCUACUUUGAUUAAGGUGUGGUGAGAAAACCAGCCUUGCUUUUAAGAGGCAGAAAAAUAUAUCCUCACAUUUUUUUCUGUAUCAAUGGUGACAUCUAGCGGGUACUGAGAACGAUUCUGGGCUUCUGCAUCAACUACAGUGUAUCAUGGAAGUUUAUUAAAGGAGGGGUGCAAUUACCAAGUGGAUCCUGCCAUCUAGUACAUGUUUCUCUUCCCAUAUUAUUUUCAGAAAAUGUGUCACUCAAUAAAGGAAAUGUUAGUGUAGGUGCACAUUUUGACUUCAUUCCAUCAUCUAAAAGGACUCCAUUACAUUCUCUGUGAGAACACUUUGUGAUGCACUUUGUGAUAGCACAAUAAAUGAAAAUGACUGAAAGAUUCAGUUUAAAAAUGUAUUUCUAAUCCUAAAGUAUUGAUAUAGAAGCACCAUAGACACCUCUGAAUAGUCAGAAGAAUUAGAAGAUAAAAAGAACAAUUAAUGUUAACAUUGUGUGACAAAUAGCUCAUGAAAACAGUUUAAACUCCUGAUACCAAAUUCCAAAUUAUCUUUAAAAAUUAUACAUACCUGACACUAAAAUAAAUCAUUUCUACGCAGUCAGCUUACAGUCUAAAAUAGAAAUAUAAAAAAUCAAAUGUGAGAUGCACACUCUAUACAUGCACAGACCCAUGAGCACACAUUCCAGGCUACAACAAAAUUGUUGUUCAAGCUCUUCACCAGUUAAAUAGUAUAAGAGUUCCCACUGAAAGAGAUGCACGUUUGUGUAUGGUUAAAACCAUAUUGACAUCUGGUAAGUCUAAUAAUGUUUCCAUUGUAACAAUAUUUGUAUCCCUUAUCACUUUGCUUUGUCUACCAAGAUAUCUUGUGUUUAAACCCUCAUAUGUUUCAACUAAAAUAUGCCUUAAAUGAAAUAUGCAGCACCCAUUGCUACACGUUGUCACUGUGUAAAUAAAAUGAAUGCCUACUGUGUCAUUAAAUUUAACGCCUUGAGUAAAAUCAAAUGCCUUUUAUUUUGAUCAGGCGUAACUUAAGUCUUCAAAACCACCACUGUCAGACCUGGGACCUGAACUCAGGUCUCCUACCUGGCAAUCUAAUUUCAUCCUCACUAGAUGUGAAUAAUCCCUCAGCUCAGUUCUUUGAGGGGUAACAACUGUUUCUCCGUAUCGUGUCAAAGUGCUCAUAGAGGAGGCACCCGCCUGUGCUGGAGAAGUUAGUGACAAUGCUCCCAGAAGUCUACCAACAUGGCAACUGCACGACAAUACCUUUUUCAGCGUACUCCUGCUUUCUUCCACUACCAUUUGAGCAUUCAUUGCUACAACAGACUUUUAAUUUUGCAGCGUCCCACUCUUGCAGCAGUAACAGGUAUACAGCAUAGGACUACAUGACUUCUGACAGUUCUUUUUGUAAAUAAAUUGAUGGAAUAGUUCUGCCAGGUUCUGCUUGCUUUUUGUGAUCUUGUUCACUGAGAGUGUUGUAUAAAAUUCAUUUAAAUCAUUAAAUGGAAAGCACUAUA